CUCGGAAAAUUGUCAGUUUAUUUAACAGAAAAAUAAUCGUUUAUUGUGAAAUUUGACUUCCAAUUUAAGAACAAACAGAAUUUCUUUAUCUACACAGCGCUGCACGUCAACGGUGUGCGUCAUUUGGCUUGAUAUUACUAAGGUUACGGCGGCUUGUUGCCGAGGCCCGUGACGGUAGUUAACAGUUCAAGUGAAACGCCACAGCCGGGCAACUUCUUGGAGAAAAGGAGCCACUGAGCUAACGCCACCAUCAUUGGACUUCGUCUACUCCCAUCCGCACAAUGAGAGGUUCGUACGGGGACAGAGACCGAGACCGCGGCCGUGACAGAGGGAGCCCUCGUUACGGGUCCAGCAGAGGCGGCCCGACGUCGGGCAAGAAGUUCGGGAACCCCGGGGAACGUUUACGGAAGAAGAGAUGGAACCUGGACGAGCUUCCUAAAUUCGAGAAGAACUUUUACGUUGAACACUCUGAAGUGCAGCGGAUGAGCGAGUAUGAUAUCGAGGAGUACUGCAGGAAGAAGGAAAUCACUGUUCGGGGUUCAGGUUGCCCAAAGCCUGUCACACACUUCCACCAGGCCCAGUUUCCCCAAUAUGUAUUGGAUGUCCUGGUGAAGCAGAAUUUCAAGGAGCCCACAGCCAUUCAGUCACAAGGUUUCCCAUUGGCCCUGAGCGGGAGAGACAUGGUGGGCAUUGCUCAGACGGGCUCUGGGAAGACCCUAUCGUACCUCCUGCCUGCCAUCGUGCACAUCAAUCAUCAGCCCUACCUGGAGCGGGGAGAUGGGCCCAUUUGCUUGGUCCUGGCCCCCACAAGAGAACUGGCGCAGCAGGUCCAGCAGGUGGCGUGCGAUUAUGGAAAGUGCUCCCGCAUCAAAAGCACUUGUGUGUAUGGGGGUGCUCCCAAGGGACCUCAAAUCAGAGACCUGGAGAGAGGGGUUGAGAUCUGCAUUGCCACACCAGGUCGUCUGAUCGACUUCCUCGAAGCUGGGAAGACCAACCUGCGGCGCUGCACCUACUUGGUUCUGGAUGAAGCUGACCGCAUGCUGGAUAUGGGUUUUGAACCACAGAUUCGUAAGAUUGUGGACCAGAUCAGGCCCGACAGACAGACCCUGAUGUGGAGCGCCACGUGGCCCAAAGAGGUCCGCCAGCUGGCAGAGGACUUCCUGAAAGAUUAUGUCCAAAUCAAUGUCGGCGCUCUGGAGCUCAGCGCCAACCACAACAUCCUUCAGAUCGUUGACGUCUGUAUCGAGAGUGAGAAGGAACACAAGUUGAUCCAGCUGAUGGAGGAGAUCAUGGCUGAGAAAGAGAACAAGACCAUCAUCUUCGCUGAGACCAAGAAACGCUGUGACGAUCUCACACGCAGGAUGAGACGUGAUGGGUGGCCAGCGAUGUGUAUCCAUGGCGACAAGAGCCAGCCAGAGAGAGACUGGGUGUUAUCAGAAUUCCGUAGCGGCAAAGCUCCCAUCCUCAUUGCAACUGACGUGGCCUCGCGUGGUUUGGAUGUGGAGGAUGUCAAAUUUGUCAUCAACUAUGACUAUCCCAACUCGUCGGAGGACUACAUCCAUCGCAUCGGCCGCACGGCGCGCAGCAACAACAAAGGCACCGCCUACACCUUCUUCACCCCGGGGAACCUGCGGCAGGCCCGCGAGCUGAUCCGGGUCCUGGAGGAGGCCCGACAGGCCAUCAAUCCCAAGCUGCUGCAGCUGGUGGAUACUGGACGUGCUGGGGGUGGCCGCCCUCGUUUUCGCAGUAGCUGCGAUGCUAACAACCCCAACCUGAUGUACCAGGACGAGUGCGAGAGGCGGCUGCGCCCCGCAGGCGGCGACAAGGACGGCCGCAGCAGCCGGAACGGCCGGCGGGACGGCGAGCGCUCGUCCUCCUCGUCUUCCUCCUCUUACAGAGAUCGCAGCAGCAGGGACGGAGGGCGCAGCUCCAGCUCCAGCUCAUACGAGCAGUUCCAGAACACCGGCAGCAGCACCGGCAGUCAGUGCAGCAGUUCUGGGUCGGGGGCCGGUGGGAUGGUGCCGCUCCCACUUUCUCCGUCUGUGCCCCAGCCGCUGAUGCAGUUCAACCUCCCCCAGCCCAUGAUGGGCCUGAUGGGGCACUCCCCGUUUCAGUUUGCUCCUCCACUGCCCCCCCCCCCACCAGGCACAAAGUAACGCCAUUUGUGAGUCGGUCCCUCCCCACUCUGACCAUUGCAUCACAUGAAUCAGAGUUAAUGCAGUUUCACAGAAGCUUGUCUGAUUAAGUAUAACGUAUUGAUUAAGUUUUAUGAUGGUUUGGGGGGGGGGGGCAUAAACGUCUUUGUAUUGUAAUCAGAUUUUCCCUUUAGGUGUGUGAGGUAGGUGCUGAAGCUAAUUAUUGUAUAAGAGCCGUUUCUUUUCUAGGUUUAAGGUUUUUUUGUUUAAAAGUCACAAUCUGUUUUAAUCAUUGUGCUCAAACUGAUUAUCUGUAAAGGGAUUUUUCUUUUAUACAUAUUACUUUUGGCCUGAUAGAGGCAGCUGUGCUUCGGCUCUAGUGAAUCACAUGCAUAUAAAUGAGCUUUUCUUUCACAUUAAUCACCAGUUAAUCACCAGUGUGGGGAGAGUUUUUCUUAGCAAAUGCAGAAUAAUCAUUUUUAGUUUAAUAAAACUCAAUGUAUCAA